AUGAAUACCGGAACUUUUCUGCAGAGGCUCUUCUGCUGGGGGACCGGAAAGGGGGUGGAUCCUUUAGUUGCGAUGUGGAGUAAAGGUAGCCUAAGCUGGUCUCGGAGUCAGUUUUGGGGAGUCCUUGUGGCUGGGUGUCGGCGCACACUGGCAGACUAUCCUCGCCCAGCCUCAGGAGGUUAUUCAGAGAAUGAGCUCAGCUGGACUCAACAAAUUAAACAAUGGGUUUCCCAUGACUAUCCAAAGCAGGCAUUCAAAUCCCAUGUGAUGACCUUUGCCUAUUUGAAUAAAAUUAAAAGAUACAUGUACCCUGAAAUAAGACAGUACAGUACUUCACAAACCACUGUAGACAAGAAUGAAGUAAAAAUGUUUCAGACCCUGGCUCACAAGUGGUGGGAUGAGCAAGGAGCAUAUGCAGCCCUUCAUUCCAUGAAUGACUUAAGGGUACCUUUUAUUAGAGACAAUCUUUUGAAAAGAAUUGCUGAUCACCAGCCAGGAAAACCUUUAUCUGGGAUGAAGAUUCUUGAUGUUGGCUGUGGUGGUGGUCUAUUAACUGAACCUCUAGGACGACUUGGGGCUUCAGUUGUUGGAAUUGAUCCUGUGGAUGAAAACAUUAAAACAGCACAGCAUCAUAAGUCAUUUGAUCCAGUCCUGGAUAAGAGGAUCAAGUACAAAGCAUGCUCUCUGGAAGAAAUUGUGGAAGAAACAGUUGAAACAUUUGAUGCCAUUGUAGCUUCUGAGGUUAUAGAACAUGUGAUUGAUCUAGAAACAUUUAUACAGUGCUGCUGUCAAGUGUUAAAACCUGGUGGUUCUUUAUUCAUUACUACAAUCAACAAAACGCAGCUGUCUUAUGUUUUGGGAAUUGUUUUUGUGGAGCAAAUUGCGGGCCUUGUACCAAAAGGCACUCAUACGUGGGAGAAGUUUGUUUCACCUGAAAAACUAGAGAGCCUUCUUGAAUCAAAUGGUUUGUCAGUUCAAACUGUGGCAGGAAUGUUCUACAACCCUUUCUCAGGCUAUUGGCAUUGGAGUGAAAAUACCAGCAUUAACUAUGCAGCUCAUGCUGUAAAAUCCAAGGUGCAGGAAUCUCCAGUGCCACCAGAGUUUGUUCAUGAUGGGGAGACAGAAGUGCUCCAAGCUGAUGUCUCCAUCAACCCCCAUAGCCAUAACGAGCUGAAGAAAUAA